AUGUCAAAGAGAUUCCUCGCCAACAUCUCAAAGUACAGGAACGCUGUCGGCAAGGCUGCCAAGCACGAGGAAGCAUACACGGACCUGAAGCCAUCAACGACUGCUACAACCGACACCAGCCAGCUUGUCAAGGUCAGCCAGAACUGGAUCGCCUACAAGCAUGCCAGCCUAGGCACUGUUGGGAUCUUACCGGUUGGAACAGUGGGGCGUGUUGGUGCCGAUGUGCAUUUGCUCAACGCCCACGGAGCUGGUGUUUCCGACUGGGAGUUCAGUCCUUUCGACUCGAACGUCCUUAUUACCGGAUCAGACAAUGGCGAGAUCAAAGUGUGGCAGAUCUCGACCGAGGGUGAAUCCAUCACGACUGAAUUGACGGCAACCAUUGUCACUGGAACGGGCAAGACUGUCGACGCGAUCAUUGUGGCAACGACGUCUACCAAUUUGGUGCAAAUCUGGGACUACACAGACAAGGCUCAGGGCGCUACAAUCUCAUCAGCAGCCCACACACUAACUCAUACCAAUGCUAUCUUCAGCAUGUCAUGGAAGGGUGACGGAACACUGCUUGCCACCACCUGCAAAGACACCCAAAUCCGUGUUUUCGAUCCCCGCCUGCAGGAUACUCCUAUCCAUACUGGACAAGGACCAGCAGGAAACCGCCCUUCGCGCGUUGUCUGGCUCGGUGAAAAGGACCUGCUGUUCACCCUUGGGUUCAACAAAAUGCGCGAAAGAGAAAACGCUGUCUGGAACUCAACGGACCUGUCACAACCAUUGGAGAUCAAACGUCUGGACUCUUCAUCAGGAAUUGCUCUGCCCUUGUACGACGAAGAUACCUCUAUUUUGUUCCUCCCAUCCAGAGGCGAAUCUAUUAUCCGCUGGAUGGAAAUUUCCGAGUCAGCACCCUUCAUGACUGAAGGCAUAGCAUUCUCAGCACAGGGUCCUGUCGCAGGUUCCGCCUUCUUCCCCAAGCAGGUCCUGAAAGUCAUGCAAACCGAGGUUGUCCGUCUCUUGACCGUCAACACCAACGGACUUUGGCCUAUUAGCGUCAGCAUCCCCCGCAGGACCUACUUGGAUUUCCAUGCAGACCUAUACCCCGAAACGAAGUCGGCUGUGCCGGGACUUGAGGCAUCGGAGUGGUUGCAGGGAGAGAACACACCAGUUCCAAGAAUGUCGCUGGAUCCAGGAGCAGCAGGAAAGCCAGAGUGGAUUCGCCGAGCGAUCUGGACUGCCUCUCCAAAGGACACCACCCCUGUUCCUGCAGUCGUUCAGAGGCAGCCCACUCCCGUCCAACCCACGCCCAGUCAACAGAAAGCGGCUGAUCCCGUUACGCCUACCCCGCAGGCCCCAGCAGUGGUACCUGUUUCGCAACCCUCAAAGCCGACCUCUGAGCCUGUUUUGGCUGCUACAACAGAGUCGAUCACUACUGAAAUCUCAAGCCUCACGACAUCUCAACGCACUCCUGCCUCACCAAAGGCAGAGGAGUCUUUGCCUACACCAACACCAUUGACCCCUAAGGCUGUUGUCGACAACCGGCCUCAUAGUGUCUCCACCCAGGCAGGAAAGACUUCACCACCACCUACAACACCCUCUACUGCAACACCUGUCAGAGCCUCGCCUCUUGCUUCGCGAUUCGGAGCCCAGAAGGCGUCUAGGUUCCGUUUCUUGACCUUCAAGCCAUACCACAUCAGCGAGCAUUUCGACAACAUGUCUGGACUCAGCAUCAGCACUGCCCCAGAGUGCAGCAUGAUCGAGGUCAACCCCAAGUUUAUUGCGCUGCCAUUGAACGGAAGUGGCGGACGCAUCGGUAUCUUGAAGACGAGUGAGCCUGGACGUGUGGGAACCAAGAUCCCAUCGCUUGUCUGUUCGUCCGACCUUACAGGAUUCAAGUUCGAUCCUUUCAAUCAUAACCUCUUGGUCACAGCGUCUGACGACACAAAGAUUAAGGGCUGGAUCAUUCCCGAGGAUGGCAUUGAUAGUGAAAACGACGCUACUAAGCCCGACUGGGUGCUCUCUGCCCCAUCCAUGGACAAGAUCUCGUUGGUCCUUUUCCAUCCUCGCGCCAAGGAUGUGCUCCUGUCGGCCUCUAUGGAUCGCAGCGACCCUACCAUCCGUCUCUGGAACCUGAAGACCCAGGAGGAAAAGCUCGCUAUCAAAGGACACAAGGACGUGAUCUUUAGCUGUGACUUUAACCACCAGGGCGACAAGAUUGUGUCGGUGUGCAAGGAUAAGAAAAUCCGAAUCUGGAAUGCAUCGACAGGAGCCUUGAUUCAGGAGGGCAAGGGACAUGACAGUCUUCGCUCAUGCAGGGUUCUCUGGCUCGGAGAGUCAGAUGUCAUUGCCAGCGUCGGUUUUGGCCGUGGAAGCCAACGGGAGAUCUUGCUGUACGACUCUAACGAUCUUGGAAAGGGUUCCAUCGAGUCGAAGAAGAUGGAUGCCUCGCCUGGUAUUCUUGUUCCUCACUAUGACUCUGACACCUCGGUGCUCGGCAUUUCGGCGCGCGGGGACCGUGUUAUGAAGCAUUUCGAGAUCGAUGUGACUUCUCCAGCAGAGUUCUCUGGAAAGAGUCGGUUUGUCGACGUCGCCAGUUUGGAGCAAGGAUCGUUGCAGCAGGAUGUUGCCUACCUCCCCAAGCGGUACUGCAACGUCAAGGAGAUCGAGCUCGCCAAGAUGUAUCGUCUGACAUACAACAGUGUUGAGGUCAUCCGAGUGAGCGUGCCUCGCAACAAGAAAGAGUUUUUCCAGGACGAUUUGUUCCCGGACACUGUUGACGUUGAAACUUCAUCUCUCGAGGCUGCUGAUUUCUUUGCCGGCAAGGGCCUUGAUGUCCCACCACGAAGAAUCAACCUAUGCCCCUCCGACAUGGAAUCCCUUGCUCAUCACCAGGAAAUGACACCAGCGACGCCUCAGAGUUCAACCAACUCGCUGGACAAGUUUUUGCAGGGAAAGCAACAGGCAGCCGAGGAUGACAGGAAGAAGGAGGCGAUGGAGCGCAUGUUUGAGACCGCCAAGGAAUCCAAGGCAGACAGGGAUACUCUUGUCCCUGACACCGGCAUCAUUGCCGACGAUGAAUGGGACGAUUAG